GACCUGGGCUCGCGGCCCGCUGUGUUUGGAGUACACGGAGAGAGAGAGGAAGCAACAUGGCGACUGCGAGCGACCCGAAGCGGGACGCCGGCCAUUCGCUUUGAGCUUUCUCGCGUUAACCGUGUCUGUGGCGUCGGUGAACUACUGUAUCCGUGUUUCUGCGAGUUCAGCUUUCCGUCGGUGCUUGAAAAUCCGAGUUUUCUGCACUUCCGGUGCGCGCUAGGACUGAAAAAGAAAAGAAUAGGUUUUUCUAUGUGUAAUGAGGGGGAGAAGAGGCAGGCCGCCCAAAACCCUGCUGAUGCAGGAGCCUUCUCCAGGGCCGGUGCGCGGUCUCAGACCACGGAAAGGAUUAAAGGCGAAGGGAAGAGGUGGCAGCGACGACGAAUUUGUGACACCCAAGCGGGGAAACCCUCAUUCAUCGCGCGGCAAGAGGAAAGCUGGAUCCUCGGCAUCGCGGGGUAGAGGCAGGGGCAGAGGAGCUGGACGAGGUAGGGGGAGACGGAGCUCCGCUAGCGCUGUGGUUUACGACGACCACGAGAGCGAGGAAGAGGAGGAUGCGGUGAGUUUAGCCUCGGAGGAAGAUGACUUCAUGGAAGAAGAGCCUCUCACGGAGGAAGAAGAUGAGGUCAUCGACAACGAGUCGGACUACCUCGAGCUGCCCGAGGAGGAGGAGGAGGACGAUGCCAGCUACUGCACCGAGAGCAGCCACGGCAGCACUCCAGGCCGGAGGAGACGACGUGCCCGUCGGCCACCGUCUCCUGUCUUAGAACAGAAAGAGAUCCCUCCACUGGAGCUGCCCAAGUCCUCAGAGGACCUGCUCAUCCCUCCCGAGCAGCUGCUGAAUGCCUCAGCCGUGUACGAGGUGCUGCGCUCUUUCAGCACAGUGUUACGCCUCUCGCCCUUUCGCUUUGAGGACUUCUGCGCAGCGCUGGCAGGCCAGGAGCAGUGCGCACUUCUGGCUGAGACACACAUAGCGUUGUUGAAGGCUAUCUUGCGUGAGGAGGACUCCUCCAACACCACAUUUGGGCCAGCUGACCUCAAGGACAGCGUCAACUCUACUCUGUACUUUGUGGACGGCAUGACGUGGCCUGAGGUGGUGCGAGCGUACUGCGAGAGUGAACCCGAAUAUGGUGGCGCUGCACUUGGACACCUGGAGGUUGACGAGUACCCCUAUGGCCCGCUGGAAAGCAAGGUGAAGGUGCUGCAGUUUCUUGUGGACCGCUUUCUCACCACUAAUAUGGCCCGUGAAGAGCUGAUGAGCGAAGGAGCCGUGCAGUAUGACGACCACUGCCGCGCCUGCCACCGUCUCGGUGACCUCCUCUGCUGUGAAACAUGCUCUGCUGUCUACCAUCUGGAGUGCGUGCGGCCACCUCUGGAGGCUGUGCCUGAGGAUGAGUGGCAGUGUGAGAUAUGUGUAGCACAUCGAGUGCCCGGGGUCAGCGACUGCAUCACUGAGGCUCAGAGGAGCCGCCCGUACCUGCGGCAGGAACCCAUUGGCUAUGACCGUCACCAACGGAAGUACUGGUUCCUCAAUCGCAGAGUUAUUGUGGAGGAAGAUGGUGAUGUGGAAGGGAAGAGGAUCUGGUACUACAGCACUAAGGUGCAGCUGAGUGAGCUGAUCAAGGUUGUGGAUAAGGAGUUCUGGGAGAAUGACCUCUGUGCUAUGUUGGAGGAGCUGAAAGAGGAGAUUCACUUGCACAUGGACAUUACUGAGGACCUCACCAACAAGGCUCGUGGCAACAACAAGGCCUACCUCACUGUCAUCAACGAUGAGAUCCUGGAAAAGCAGAAGGCUCGUCAGUCAGAACUCAAUGAGGAAAAGCAGAAAGCUGCAGAACAUGACAGCCUUGGGUCAAAGGUCAAUGAAGGAUUCGAAGGUGAUAACCCAGUCUCCUCUAUCACCGAACUGUCCUCUUCACGACCGGACUCUGAAGACGGGAAUUCUGCCAGUGACAAGCUUGCGGCUGACGCCCCAGCUCCUCCUGCUGGUGAAGAGAGUAACAGUGUGUGUGAGCGCCCUCAGGCUGACUCUUCUGGGCCGUCUAAAACCGACCCUCCGUCUACAUCCACUGCAGAAGACCCUUGUGAAGGGGCACAGAGGGGAUGGGCAGAAAAAAGCUCCGAGUCGGGUUUCGGAGGCAGUGGAGAGCCCGUCCUGGAAAGCGAGGCACCGCAGGUUGCGGAUGAGAACAGCUGCAGCAGUCACUUCUCUAUUUCUGAAUGCUUGAGGGCUCCUGAGGAGCCCGACCUCAUAGACCGCUCCUCUCAAUCCUCCAUUAACAGCCAGGAUGAUGCUGGUGAGGGUAAAGGAAAUGGUGAUGGAAAGACGGGUUCAGCAACACGUAUGGUGACACGUCUGCGAAACCCGGACAGCAAAUUAAGCCAGCGCAAGGUCAUGCAGGACAAAGAUGCUAGCUCACAGGACAGCAAAGCACUUAAAGAGACUCCUCUGCUGUCAAGCUUGGUCAGGAAAGACCUAGGCCUAAAGACCAGCUCCAGCAGCGGUUACUUCAAGCUUGGCCAAGAGGGCAAAUUCCGCGUCUACCAUAACCAGUACAGCACAAAUGCUCUGGCACUUAAUAAACACCAGCACCGUGAGGACCACGACAAACGAAGGCACCUUUCGCAUAAGUUCUGUAUGACACCCGCCGGCGAGUUCAAGUGGAAUGGCUCAGUGCACGGCUCCAAAAUGCUGACCAUAUCCACACUGAGGCUUACUAUCAUCCAGCUGGAGAACAAUAUCCCUGCACCCUUCCUGCAUCCCAACUGGGCAUCACACAGGUCCAACUGGAUUAAGGCGGUCCAGAUGUGCAGCAAAGCGAGAGAAUUUGCCUUGGCUUUGGCUAUUCUGGAGUGUGCAAUCAAACCAGUAGUCAUGCUCCCGAUAUGGAAGGAUUCUCUAGGUCACACAAGGCUCCAUCGAAUGACCGCUAUGGAGCGGGAGGAGAAAGAGAAGGUGAAAAAGAAAGAGAAAAAGCUGGAGGAUGAAGAGACGAUGCAGCAGGCGACGUGGGUGAAAUACACAUUUCCCAUUAAGCAUCAGGUGUGGAAACAGAAGGGUGAGGAGUACAGAGUGACUGGUUAUGGUGGCUGGAGCUGGGUCAGUAAAACCCACGUCCCACGUUUUGUCCCUAGAUUACCUGGAAACACAAAUGUCAACUAUCGAAAAGCACUUGAAGCAGCUAAUAGUGGCAAGGAAAGUCAGACAUCCUGCCCAGAAAAUUGCCAAAACCCAAUCCCUGAAACCCCAAAGGAACACUCACCUGAAAAGGAGCAAACACUCACAAAGAAGGAUGAACAAAAGGGAGAAAAGAUGGAGGUAGAUGAGAAGACUGAGGCUGAGAGUGAUGAGCUUAGAAAAAUUGAAGCAUCGGAAAAGAUUGACACAAGCACCCCUGACUUCACUAGCCCCAAUGAAGAAAAAGUUAAUACUAAAAACACACCCUCACCUUUGAAGAAUGAACAGUGUGUGAAAGGGGAAUCUGUAGAAUGUGAAGAGUCCAAAGCAUGUGCAGCAAUUCAGUCUCGGGUGUCAUUUGAAGAUGACGUUGUUAAUGUCAGCCAGGGAUUUAUACUUCGCACAGCUUACAAAAAGAAGGGUAAAGGCUCAAAGCUCGAUGGUCUUUUGGAGCGGCGGGUCAAGCAGUUUGCUUUGGAGGAGCGACAGAGGCCGGAAAAGCUCAAGCAAGUUGCUGACUCAAAACCCACCAAUGAAAAUGGGACAAAGGAUCAGGAGAAGACCAGUCUGUCUCUGAACCAAGAGCUUAAAACUGAAGGAUCAUCUUUCGAAGCUACUAAAACUGUUCUGUCUGACCAGGCAGUAAACCCAUUGGUGAAGGAAAAAGAUCCUGUAGUACAAAAGCUUGACUUUGACCAAGAUGAGAAGGUGCCACAUGGUUCUUCAGAACAGACUGAAAAUCUUGAUGUCAGACAGGGAUCUAAUAUAAAGACUGAAGCGGUUGCAUCUCUUGCAGAAAAAGAGCAGAAAGUUGCACCAGAACCAGAGCACAAAACAGGGAAUGGCACGUUAAUAACUAAUGCAGAGCUUAAUGGAGGUUCUCGGAAAGAUCUGGAAGGCAGCCUUAACUCAAACAGCAAAAUGGCAUGCCUGAAAUUUGAUGCUACAGAGAAGAAGGAUACAACUGAAAACAGUUCUUCCAUGGAAAAGAAUGGCUUAAGUAAAGAAACAAACUUGCCAGUGCAUGUCAAUGGCAGAGAUGGUUCAGUGGACUCUCCGCCCACAAAUUUGACCAAUAAUAUCAACUCAAAAGAAAUAAAGCAGGGAGAAGAAGAGGAGACAAAAACACUUCCCUCCAAGGAUCCCAUAAAAUCACUAAUGAACGGUGACCUGACUCAAGUCAGCCAGAACAGCAAAGCUCAGCUUAUUGAGGAGACCGCUGUGGACAAGUCAAACUUGGAGUACCUGCCCUCUCAGAAGGUUGCGAGAAUAGAUUGUAACACUGAGGGCAAAACAGUGUCUGCAAUAGGUUCUUCUCCCUCCCAGCUUUUCCCAGCAGAAACCGUAAAGUCAGAUGGACUUAGUAGCAGUACCAGGGUAUCACCAAUGGAGACGGAAGAGGCCAAGAUGAAAACUCUCAGCUCGUCACCCAUUCUGUCAACGGAGGAGUCCAGCCUAAGUAGUGAUGUUGCUGAGAACAGCACUAACAGUAGUAGUGGGGUCAAGAACACAAUAACCCAAGUCACCACUAUAACCACUUCUACCACUACAGUGGCGACCGAAUCACACACUGUUGAGACACCCGGCUUGCCUGAUGGUACCACUAACAGUAAACAUUCUUCAGCAUUGACAUCUGAGUCAAAAGUGGAAUCCAUGAUUUCCGUCUCUACUCUUUCCACUACAAGUACCACCACAGUAACCAAAGUGACAAACCCAAGCCAUGGUGCAAAAGUUACAGAGCAGAGCAGGACGAUUGUCACAGCAAUGUUUACAGCUGCUAAAUCAGCACCUUCAAGUACCUCUGUGACUUCAGUCACCCUGAGUAAGGAGUACUCCACCAGAGACCGGGUGCGGCUAUUGAAGUUCUCCCGCUGCAAGAAGACCCGGUCUGGUACGGCUCUGCCUUCAUAUCGCAAGUUUGUAACAAAGAGCAGCAAGAAAAGCAUUUUUGUGCUCCCCAAUGACGACCUAAAGAAGCUUGCGAGGCGAGCAGGUAUCCGUGAGGUGCCUAUUUUUAAUUACAACGCCAAGCCAGCAUUAGAUGUCUGGCCAUAUCCAUCCCCAAGGCCCACUUUUGGAAUCACAUGGAGGUAUCGGCUUCAGACAGUAAAGUCUUUGGCUGGGGUGAGUCUGAUGUUACGCCUGCUUUGGGCAUGCCUCAGGUGGGAUGAUAUGUCAGUGAAGCCCUCUCCAGCCGUUGGAACCACACGCACAGAAACAUCUGACACUGAGAUAACAACAACUGAGAUUAUUAAGCGAAGAGACGUAGGACCAUAUGGUAUCCGCUCAGAGUAUUGCAUCAGGAAAAUUAUUUGCCCCCUGGGUGUGCCUGAGACUCCUAAAGAAACCCCCACACCCCAAAGAAAGGGUCUGCGCUCAAGUGCUCUGCGGCCAAAGAAACCAGAGCCCUCUAAGCAGACGGGGCCAGUUGUCAUUGAGAAAUGGGUGCCAGAGGAGGACCUGGAACUUUGGGAGAUUCGAGCCUUUACCGAAAGGGUUGAGAGGGAAAAGGCACAGUCAGCAGACCCAACUAAGGUUAGUGUGCAGAAGACAGCUGAGGAGGUCAAGGCUCAGUUGGAAGCUCAACUAAAGCAGCAGAGAUUGGCAGCCCAGCAGAAACGUUUGGAGCAGCAGAAAACUGGAGGAACCACAACGCUAUCCAUAAGCAGCACACCUACCAGCACCGCAUCAUCCACACAGAAGGUGGUGGUAGGUUCUCUGAGCAGUCCAGUCACCCCUGGGACAAAAGUGGUGCUUGCCACCAAGUUAGGUGCUCCAGUGCAGUUUCAGCAGGGCAAGAACUUCCAGCAGUCCUUUGCCUCCUGGGUCAAGCAGGGCCAAAACAAUGCAGCCUCCACUACUUCCGUUACCACAGUGGCAGCGAGUAGCGUCAGCACGUCUGGGCAAACGUUCCAGAUCGCUGCUGCGUCAGGCUUGAUGACUGGCAAUGUCAUUACCGCCAAACUGCCUCUGCCGGCCAACAGCAAGAUAGUCACAGUGAAUGUGCCAACUACGCAAGGAGGUGUUGUCCAGGUGCAGCAGAAGGUUCUUGGCAUCAUUCCAUCCAGUACAGCAGCCACACCUCAGUCAUUCUCCUCAUUCCAGUCCCGUUCGGGCAGCGUCAACAUCCGACCCAACACCAGCACCUCCACACAGCAAUCUACCACUGCUGGAACUCCUGUCCGGCCUGGGAUGACGGUGGUUCGAUCACCCCUCCAACAGACUACAACUUUGGGCAAGACUAUCAUUCGCGCACCUCUAAUAGUUCAACAAGGCCAAGGUCAGCAGGUGGUUACUCAAAUCAUCCGAGGAACACCUGUAUCAAAGGCUGUGAGCAGCAAUACCCCAGGGCAGGUGGUGGGUUCUCCUUCUCUACCCUCUACCCCUGGGCAGCCCCAGACUCCACAUGCUCCCAGCACUGCCCGACCACAACAAGGUCAAGUUAAACUCACUCUGGCUCAGCUAACACAGCUCACGCAAGGAGCUCAGGGUGGGAAUCCAGGUUUGACUGUGGUGAUCCAGGGUCAGGGGCAGACUACAGGGCAGCUGCAGGUCAUCCCUCAGGGUGUGACUGUGAUCCCAGGUCCUGGUCAGCAGCUCAUGCAGGCAGCUAUGCCAAAUGGCCAGGUCCAGCGCUUCCUCUUCACUCCUAUGCCUCCAGCACCAGCUGCACCAGCUACUCCAGCUCCCACCUUAUCCACAUCGAGCACCUCAGCUACUCCCGCGAGUAGCACCAUACCCACCACCACCACCACCGUGGACCCUACUACGUCAGCAAGGCCAGCAAUACAACCUGCAGCUCAGGUCUCGCCCAUCAUUCAACCCUCCAUCCUUCCCUCGUCUCCACCCGCUCUUUCUAAAUCCCAACCUAUGCUACAGCCAGCCACCUCAUCCCAAACACCAACAUCAUCUGUUCCAGUUCCUACACUGCAAACUACAUUUUCUACACAAGCCCUGCUUCAACCUCAAUCCCAAAUCCAAAACCAAACACAAUCACAACCCCAAAGCCAUUCCCAAGCCCUGCAACAUCAAACCCAGUCACAAGCCAAAACCCAACCACAGCUUCAAAACCAGCUACAGCAACAAAUCCAAAUCCAUUCCCAACCCCAGAUUCAAACCCAGUUGCAGCACCAAGUUUCAACACAACCCCAAAUCCAGUCUCAACAGCAGCUCCAGCCUCAAGCUCAACAGCAGGCAAAUGUUCAACCACUGCAGCAAAUUCAGACUCAGCAGCAGACUCAGGCCCAGUCACAGCUUCAGCCUCAGCAGCAACUCCAACUUCAGCCUCAACAGCAAAUCCAGUCCCAAGUCCAACAGCAGCCCCAACCCCAGGCACAGCUUCAGCCUCAACUGCAGCCCCAACCUCAGGCACAGCUUCGGCCUCAACUGCAGCCCCAACCCAAGGCACAGCUUCAGCCUCAACUGCAGCCCCAACCCCAGGCACAGCUUCAGCCUCAACUGCAGCCCCAACCCCAGGCACAGCUUCAGCCUCAACUGCAGCCCCAACCCCAGGCACAGCUUCAGCCUCAACUGCAGCUCCAACCCCAGGCACAGCUUCAGCCUCAAAUGCAGCUCCAACCCCAGGCACAGCUUCAGCCUCAACUGCAGCUCCAACCCCAGGCACAGCUUCAGCCUCAACUGCAGCUCCAACCCCAGGCACAGCUUCAGCCUCAACUGGAGCCCCAACCCCAGGUACAGCUUCAGCCUCAACAACAAAGUCAACCCCCGCAGCAACUUCAAGCCCAACUUCAACUUCAGCCUCAACAGCAAUCCCAGCUCCAGAUCCAGCCUCAACAAGAAUCCCAACUUCAGCCUCAGCAGCAACUCCAAGUGCAGUCACAGCUUCAGUCCCAACAGAAAACCCCUCUCCAGCUGCAGCAACAGCUUCAACCCCAACAGCAACUUCAGCCUCAGCAGCAACCCCAACACCAUACCCAGCUGCAACAUCAGACUCAACAGCCUCAACAGAUUUCUCAUGUUCCGUCACAGCCACAACAGCAGCCCCAACCUCAAGCUCAUUUGCCUGCUCAAGCCCCAGUCCCGCCCACUUCCCCCUUAUCUGUGUCUCAUGUAGCCCAAGUGACUUCCCCCCCAACACAGGUAGCCUCUAUUGCUGUAGCUCCACAGGUAACCCAGACCACAGUAACUCAGGUUCGGCCUCAGAUCCAGCUCCCUGCCCAGCUCCUUAGUGUUCCAGGGAUCCAGCAGCAAGUCCUGUCCCAUAUCCAGAACCAAGUAGCAGCACAGCUCCAGGCCCAGGCCCAGCAUGGUACCCUUCCCCAGCAGAUCAAACUGCAGCUGCCUAUCCAGAUCCAGCAGCAGGGUGGAGGCCAGGUGCAGACACAUCAGAUUCAGAAUGUGGUGACUAUUCAGACUGCCAGUGUCCAGGAGCAGCUCCAGCGCAUCCAGCAGCUGCGAGAUCAACAGCAGCAGAAGAAGAAGCAGCAAGAGGCUAAGAGGGAGCAGGCUCAACAGGCUGCCAGCCAGAGUGAGCUGCUGCAGAAGCAGGUGGUCAUGAAGCAGAAUGCAGUCAUAGAGCACUUAAAGCAGAAGAAAGCCAUGACGCCAGCAGAGAGGGAGGAGAAUCAGAGGAUGAUUGUGUGUAAUCAGGUGAUGAAGUUUAUAUUGGAUAAGAUUGACAAAGAUGAAAAGCAGGCAGCCAAAAAGCGGAAGCGGGAGGAGUCAGUGGAGCAGAAGCGCAGCAAACAGAACGCCAGCAAGCUCUCGGCUCUGCUCUUUAAACACAAAGAGCAACUGAAAGCUGAGAUUCUGAAGAAGAGAGCCCUGCUGGAUAAAGAGCUACAGGUGGAAGUGCAGGAGGAGCUGAGGAGAGAUCUGAGCAAGUUGAGGAGAGAAAAGGAGAAAGCCCAGGCUGCAGCAUCUCAAGCAGCCGCCACAGCCAUUAGUGCCCAGGCGACCUCUCUCUCCACACACUCCUCCACCAUCACUUCACCCCACUCCAGCCAUAAACGCAAACGAGACGAGGAGCGAGAUGCAGCCUUGUCUAAGAGCAAGAAGAAGAAGAUGAUCUCCACCUCAUCGAAGGACAACAAGAGAGACACAAAACUGUACUGUGUAUGCAAAACACCCUAUGACGAAUCAAAGUUUUAUAUUGGCUGUGAUCUCUGUUCGAACUGGUACCAUGGUGAGUGUGUGGGCAUCACAGAGAAGGAGGCCAAGAAGAUGGAUGAUUACAUCUGUAUGGAAUGUAAAAGGGCACAGGAAGGCAGCUCAGAGGAGCUCUAUUGCAUCUGCAGAACACCAUAUGAUGAGUCCCAGUUCUACAUUGGCUGUGACCGCUGCCAGAACUGGUACCAUGGACGCUGUGUGGGCAUUCUGCAGAGUGAGGCAACUCACAUCGACGAAUAUGUUUGCCCUCAGUGCCAGUCUACAGAGGAGGCCAUGACUGUCCUGUCCCCGCUCACAGAUAAGGAUUACGAGGGUUUGAAGCGAAUCCUUCGAUCCUUACAGGCCCACAAAAUGGCAUGGCCUUUUCUGGAACCAGUCGACCCUAAUGAUGCUCCAGAUUAUUAUGGGGUCAUAAAGGAACCUAUGGAUCUAUCCACCAUGGAACAGCGGAUACAGAAACGAUUUUACAGCAAGCUAACAGAAUUUGUAGCGGACAUGACCAAAAUUUUCGACAACUGCCGCUACUACAACCCCAGCGACUCACCUUUUUACCAGUGUGCCGAGUUCUUGGAAUCCUUCUUUGUACAGAAACUCAAAGCUUUCAAAGCAAGCAGAUUGAUGUCUUGAGUCUGACGUAUAGCUGGAAUCUAUGCUGAAGGGGUGGAGUUUCUCUUUUAUAGAUACAUUGGACUUGCUGUUUUAUGAGCAGCUGAAACUCCACAUGAUUUUUAUAUUUUAUUUAAGUUAAUUGAGUCGUUUUUUUUGCAUCAGAAGGGGGGAAAGACUUGUUAAUGGCCAAACGUAUCCCAGGCAUGGCUUCAUUGACAAUCACAGAAUGGCAGCCAUGUUGUUAAAUGAUAAAUACAAGAGUAUGACUUAAGUGCACACAAUGUAUUGUGGAUUUUUCUUUUUCUUUCUUUUUUUUUUUUUUUUUUUAAAACCCUCUUGUUAAUAAUGUUCACAUAUUAGUAAUUAUGAUAUUUUAUUUGUAUAUGCCUAACAACAAUGCCUUGUUCUGCUCAAAUGUGUUUACUUUGGCACUGGUUAAAUAUUUUGUAUAUUUUAUUGUAAGAUGGAUUGGAUUUUUCUCACACAGCCUUUUCUGGUUCGUCUGCUUGUCCCGGACCUGAUGAAUUUAGCGGUUUAUCAUGCGUUCCCGCAGUUGAACAAAUCAUUGCUCAUCAUUCAUCUGCAAUAUUCUGUCAGUGAAAUAGGAAUAAAAAUUUAAAUUGUCAUAUUUGGAAGAUUCUGGUUUUAAAUCCUUUUGUGAAGGUUUUUAUGUUAAAAGCGAUGAUAUAGAUUUGGAGAAUGGAAUAUUUUAUGUAGUGUUAGUACCCAGACUGUACCAUGACAUUUUGGCUUUGUCUUUUGUUUGUUCUCCAAUAAACAACCUACCAGGGACCAAUAUCAUAUUUAGCUUCCAAAUUACUUCCAGAACUGCCGCAGAGAUUUCCUUGCAUGGCUGCCAUGUCCACUCCCAUGCCAUCCCACAUCAUCACCCAGACAAUGCAUACAUGUCUUUUUUGCUAUCUGUCUCAUUUUCAUUUCCUUUGUCUUUUUUGUUGUUGUUGUUUUUGUUUUUGUUUCUUUCUCGUGUCUUGUCCGCUGUUCAAUAAAAACUUCAAACAGCUUCAA